CACACCUUUAAUAAUAUGCCAGAACCUUUAAAAUGCAAAAGCCUAGAUUUCAGAGAACUUCGAUUUGCUCGAACUAUGAUCUUUGCCAUUGAAGAGAUCAAUAACAGCACAGAACUACUUCCUAAUGUUUCACUGGGCUACAAGAUCUAUGAUUCAUGUGCGUCCAUACCCCUGGCUUUAAAAGCUGUUCUGACACUGAUGAAUGGUCAGGAAGCUGAAUUCUCAUCCAAUAGAUCCUGUAGCAAACCAUCCUUUGUCCCUGCUAUAAUAGGGGAGUCUGGAUCAUCACCCUCUGUUGCAAUCUCCAGGGUUGUUGGCCCUUUCAGAAUUCCAGUGGUUAGUCCCUACGCUACCUGUGCCUGUCUUAGCAACAAACAAGAAUUCCCUGCAUUUUUCAGAACAAUACCAAGUGACUAUUUUCAGGCCACUGCACUGGCAAAGCUUGUGAAGCAUUUUGGAUGGACUUGGGUUGGAGCAAUUAGAAGUGACAAUGAUUACGGAAACUUUGGAAUGGCGGCUUUUAUCAAAGCAGCCCAAGCAGAGGGAAUUUGUGUUGAGUAUUCAGAGGCCUUUUACAGAACCAACCCAAGAGAGAAAAUUAUUAAAGUUGUGGACACCUUAAAGAAAGCCACAGCAAAGGUCAUUGUAGCUUUCAUUGCAUCAGGUGAAAUGGUGGUUCUGUUCCGAGAGCUAUCCAAUCAGAACAUUACUGGCUUUCAGUGGAUUGGCAGUGAAUCUUGGGUCACUGAUCCAGAGUUUCUCUCAAAAGAUGGAAAUGGAUUUCUAGGUGGGGCAAUAGGUUUUGGAAUAAGGAAAUCUGUUAUUCCUGGAUUAAAACAGUUUCUAUUGAACAUUAGCCUACCCCAUAUUCUUAGCAAUCCUCUGUUGAAAGAGUUCUGGGAAAAUAUAUUUAGUUGUAGUUUUCCAGAUCCAAUGACAACUUCCAGCAGAAGACCAUGUACUGGGUCAGAGAAUUUAUACGACUUGCAAAAUCCCUAUACAGAUGUGUCUCAGCUACGAAUUUCCAAUACUGUGUACAAGGCAGUGUAUGCUGUAGCCAAUUCAAUCCAUGAUUUGUUAUCUUGCAAAAAAUCCCCAAAUCCGUCAACCAAAAAUAACUGUGGGAAAAAUAUUAAUUUUGAACCUUGGCAGGUACUACAACAAUUAAAAACUGUAAAUUUCACCUCCAAAAAUGGUGACAAAGUCUAUUUUGAUGAAAACGGAGAUCCAGUAGCAAUAUAUGAAUUAGUAAACUGGCAGCUCAAUAAAGAAGGAAAAGCAGAAAUAGUUAAUGUAGGCUACUAUGAUGCUUCAGAAAGACAACCAUUUCAAAUGAGCAACAAAAGUAUCACCUGGGCAGGUGGCGAGUAUAAGAUACCUAAAUCAGUGUGCAGUGAGAGCUGUCCUCCAGGCACUCGGAAGGCUGUUCAGAAAGGAAAGCCUGUUUGUUGCUUUGACUGCAUACCAUGUGCUGAAGGAGAAAUCAGCAAUCAGACAGAUUCCAUAGAUUGCAUUAGGUGUCCUGUGGAAUACUGGCCGAAUUCUCAAAGAGAUCAAUGCAUCUUGAAGGAAAUAGAAUUCUUGUCCUUUGAAGAAAUUCUGGGAAUGAUUUUAGUGAUAUUUUCAGUCUGUGGAGUGUGUGUAACUAUCACUGUUGCUGUGGUUUUCUUGCGUAACAGAGAUACCCCCAUUGUUAAAGCUAAUAACUCUGAGCUCAGUUUCCUUCUUCUGCUUUCAUUAGCUCUGUGUUUCCUUUGUGCACUUACUUUCAUUGGCCAGCCCUCUGAGUGGUCCUGUAUGUUGCGCCACACUGCCUUUGGGAUCACAUUUGUCCUGUGCAUCUCUUGUGUUCUGGGGAAAACAAUCGUCGUGUUAAUGGCAUUUAGGUCUACACUUCCAGGCAACAAUAUUAUGAAAUGGUUUGGGCCAGCCCAGCAGCGGUUAAGUGUUUUUGCAUUCACAUUUAUUCAGGCCCUAAUAUGCACACUUUGGCUGGCAAUAACCCCUCCUUUUCCUAGCAAAAACAUGAGAUCUUACAAAGACAGAAUCAUUCUAGAAUGUGACCUGGGAUCUGCAGCAGCAUUUUAUGCUGUGUUAGGGUAUAUUGGGUUUCUUGCUGCCAUGUGCUUUGAGCUCGCUUUUCUGGCCAGGAAGCUUCCAGAUAACUUUAAUGAAGCUAAAUACAUUACAUUUAGCAUGCUCAUAUUCUGUGCUGUUUGGAUCACUUUCAUCCCAGCUUACACCAGUUCACCUGGGAAGUACACAGUAGCUGUAGAGAUAUUUGCAAUUCUGGCUUCCAGUUUUGGUUUGCUCUUCUGUAUUUUUGCUCCCAAAUGUUACAUUAUAAUACUGAAACCUGAGAAGAAUACAAGAAAACACAUGAUGGGUAAAAUGCCCUCAAAAUCACUUUGA